AAGGUUUUACUGUAUCUGACAUCUGAAAACAUUUUGGAGCAUUCUGGUUUCACACAGAACAUCCCAUAAAUAGUAAUAUAAAAAGUGUAAUAUAUAGUACAGCAACAUGUAUCUAGCUAGACUGAAUACUCAGAACGAUGGUUACAUUUGUAAAUAAAGUCUAUCCCUGUGGUCACCUAGUCAAUAAGUUGUCCCAUGGCUUACAACAGUCUCUCUCAAAUAAACACUGUAAGGAGAGUUGGCAGUGAAAGAAAGGGGCGUGCAAGGAACCUGUUUGUCCAUCUCCCAGGCAGCAGACUGCAGCCUGCUCCUACUAGUACACAGAAGAGCCGAGGAAGGUUACUAAAGCUAUAGUUGUAUGAAGGACUCCAGAAUUUUUCUUGAAUUCAUGUAAUUUUGCCUACAUAAACUAGACACGAUGAGUAGUCCUAGAAGGCUCAGUCCACACAGUGUUAAGCGGUGGCAUCUGGAGAGUGUGGGGCUCCGUGGAGGAGAGAUACAGACAUCAAUGAAAGAUAACGUUCAUUUUGAUCAAACUGUGAGCACUCAGACACGCUUUAGUGCCUGGACACCAGUAGCAAGCAAAUCUUUCAACAAACAGCUCUUCCAGGAGAGAGUGAAUCUCAUAGGGCAUUGGUAUGACCUCUGGACGGAAAAUCAGCGCAAACAGUUUCUACAUUCUAUUUUAACUAGGAGCAGCAGAUCACAACUAAAAUUUGUUCAAGACUGGUUCACUGAAGAAUGUCCUGUCACCAAUUUAGACUUUACCACUGUUAUUCCCAGGUUUUUAUCUUUGUACAUUUUUUCCUUCCUGAACGCCCAUGACUUAUGUGUUGCUGGACAGGUCAGCUGGCACUGGAAGUUCCUCGCUGAGCAGGACUGUCUGUGGAUGCCCAAGUGCACAAAGUUUGGCUGGUUUUUGCCAUACACUCCAGCAGACAAUGAGUAUGGUGCAUGGAAAAGGCAUUAUAUCUCCUGUGCCUGUAGCCUGGACUAUCUCACUCCAAGGGAAGCUGCAGAUAUGUAUGGUACUUUGAAUGAGCCUAAGGAAGGGAAAGAGGAGCUGAAGGAAAAACUACAAGAAAAGUGGCUGCGCAAAAUGAUUCGGGAAAGGCUGUCGCUGCAAAAAAAAGAGCUCUUAAAAAGCCGGCCACCUUGGAUGAGUGGAUCUUGGAGAUCAGCUGUGAACUCUAAAAUAAGCUUAACACAGUCUAUAAGUCUAACUGACCAGGCUUCAAUGCAAGCAGCACUGUGGUUAAUUAAGGAUAAAGAUACAGGCUCAGAAAAGCCUUUGACAAGUUGGCUCCUAAAAGAAGAAAACCACACACCCAGCUUCACCUUGGCUUUGGAAAAGAAGCUUGUAGAACAAUCAAUAGACUCAUUACCCAAAAGGUAUAAUGCAGCUGGAUGUAACACCUACCCUUCUACAACCACAAAGCAAUGCAACAGUCUCCAGCGUCAGUCAGAACAUAGGGGCGCCUCAGGUCCUCUUCACCUUGUGUUGAUAUCAUCCCACAUAUUGGCAUAUGAGGUUAUUCUCAGUAGCGUGAAACCCAGUGUGGUUCCUGUAGUUUAUGACUUCAAUGGGAUGACUCUCGAAAGUUUAAUCUUUUGUGUGGAGAAAGCUUUGGAUGGACGCACAGCACAGAGUAUUUCAGUUGUUGCAGAUGGGAAUUCCCAACACUUACAUUUACUACAGAAUGUUCAAAUUGAUUCUCAGAAUGUCUUAAAUCCCAAUAUUAGAGAGUUUUGGGAAAAAUUAGGCAGCUGUGUGGUGUCCUGCAAAGAUGGCGGUGUCAUUGACCUGUUUGUCCCAUUUGCUGCUUCAGAUGCAGGAAUGGAAAUCCUUGACAAUUUGUCUCAGUUAGCUGGCGUUAUGUUUUGUUCACCAACUGGCAUAGCCACUGGAUCUUACCAACACAUUCUCAGUGAUUGGCUGAUGGCAUCUGGAAGACGUGAAUUCCCCCCAUUUUUAUACUUCACGGAAGUGAAACUACAGGCUUGGUGUAGAUUAGCCAGUGUAAUGGAGGAAGCUCUACAUAUGGUCAGGAAGCAGAUGAAGCUCCAUCUUAGUGAUCUCCAGAGAAAUGUAUCCGGCAGGAUAAUAGGACAGUUCAUGUUUGACACAAUGCCCAUGGUGAAGGUGCAGACCAAUCAAGACAUUGCUGAGGCAUUGACUGAAGGUUUGGUGGAACUUGUUAAGGAGAAGCGUGAUGAUCCACUGGAGUUCCUUUCCAUCUUUCUUUUAAAAAAAUGUGGAAAAUCCAAAGAGGUCAGGAACCAGUUGCUGCAAGCAAAUACUGAGGACACGCUAUCAGCAUUUCUAAAGCAGGAAGAUAAUGACGGCGAUGCCAUGUCUGAAAAGGCUGUACUUUCUCCAAGUCGCUCUGAACCCAGGUUUAGAAAACUUACUAUGCUGGAUAGUAAACUUCUAGCGGAUAUAGGAGAUAAACGUUCAAGGUUUGCUCGAGAACUCCUGAAGAGUGAGAGACAGUUUGUACAAGUCCUGGAGAUCAUCAGAGAUGUCUAUGCUGUCCCACUGAAGUCGGCACUGGCAUCAAAUCGUGCAAUCCUGAGCAUUUCUAAUGUGCAAAUCAUAUUCUCUGAUAUUCUAAAUAUCCUACAAAUCAACAAGCAGCUCCUAACAGAGUUGAUGGAAAGACUUGAAGAAUGGGGACCUGCACAGUGUUUAGGAGACGUUUUUAUGAAAUUUGGAUCAAAGCUGAAGAUAUACACCAAUUUUUUCAACAACUACACUGUGAUUCUAAAAACAAUUGACAAGUGCAGGGAAGCUAUGCCAACUUUCCGAGCUUUCUUGAAGAGACAUGAUCAAACUGUCAUAACUAAAAUGAUGAGUUUACAGGAAUUGCUAUUAAUCCCGUCUGUUCGAUUUGAUGAGUAUGUGAACCUCUUGUAUGCUCUUCGUCUUCAUACUCCUCCGGAGCAUCAAGAUCGCAAUGACUUAAACACAGCUAUUACAGUGAUGAAGCAGUACAAGGAUUUUAUUUUGCAGGUGAAAGCUGCCUUAGAAAAGGACACUGAGCUGACAGAUCUUCAGAAGACAAUCCAAGGCUGUCCUAAUCUAAUAGAGGCUAACAGACAUCUUAUUUACAAACAAGACGUGGAUCUGCUUAAAUGUGCCAAUGAGGAGAUAAGUGCAUCCUUGAGGAUCUAUGAGCACAUCAGUGACCUAUGUCUUUUUCUUUUCAAUGAUGCACUCGUUAUAUCCAGACGUCACAUUUUCUAUACACCAUUCAGGCACGUACCAUCAACCUCGUACCAGUUCAUGGCUUCCGUUUCUUUGCCACGAUUGCUAGUGGAAGACAUUCCGGACACUAAAUAUGUAAAGAAUGCUUUAGUUCUGCAAGGACCUAAGCGAAGGUGGAUUUGUUCCACACAAACAGAAGAGGAAAAGGUCACUUGGCUUUCUUCGUGUCAGAGUGCUAUUCAUGCCAGCAUUGAAACAAAAUAACCAUACCAGUUUUUACUACUGGAGUUUUUUCUUUAAACAUCUGCGUAAACUUACAAUUGUAUGACAAAGCCUGUAGAAAAGUAGAAAUCAUAUUUAAAGCCCUUAUGAAAAUGUGAAGCCAGUUGCCAGUCAUCUACAUGUAGCUGCUGCAGGGCACGGGAGGAUCUGGUUCAGGAGAUGGAUGGUGGAGCUAUGUAUGUAAAUGUCAUGUCAUAUUUAUUACAUUUUUUUAAAAGUACAAUAACUAAUACAUAAAAAUUAAAUCAAGAAAUGUA